AUGCCAGUUCUUAUUUCCAGCCGUCCUCGAACUACUGAUGACGAGCUGGAUGAGAUCAUGGAAUCACAUGACCAAGCAGCAGCUCAGAAAGCAGCCGGGGAUUUCCAGCAGAUGCUUCAGCAGAUGGUGAAAGUUCAAGAGGAAGCAUUGCGGCAAGCCGAAGCUUCUGGGCAGCAAGUAACUGAAAUCGACAAGGAAGCUCAGGACAUGAUUGAAGCUAUGAAAGCACUCAUGGAAAGCAGUGGAAAGGUUGGCUGA